AUGUCGAGACGCCCUGAAAAAACCCUACGUGAUCGGAUUGAGCAGCGGAGAUGGACUAGGGUGUGGGUUAAGAGAGAGCUUGAGCGGAUGAAGCGCCAAAGAGAGAAAGAGCGCGAGGAGAAGGCGAUGAAAAAGAAGAAAGGGGCAGAAGAGGCAGAAGAGGCAGAAGAGGCAGAAGAGGCAGAAGAGGCAGAAGAGGCAGAAGAGGCAGAAGAGAAGGAAGAGAAGGAAGAGAAGGAAGAGAAGGAAGAGAAGAAGAAAAUAGGGGGAAGGAAGAGAAGUUAA